AUGUCUGCCUUAAGGGCAACUCGUCCUUACCUACGCAAACGCUAUGUCCCAAAAGGCAAGAUGCUGGCACUCCCCUGUGUCCCAGCAAUAAUCCUAGCUGCAAAUGCUUGCAGACCAGCACUCGUUGCGAUCAGGCUCUUGCAGUCAAGGACCGCCACGGGGUUACAAAACCGACUGCAACACCCACGUCUCCUCCUGUCAACGUCACACAGCGAGACGCCGCAUUGUCCAUCUUGCAAGGGAGGGCUUUCAGUGCGGAAAUUGACUAUUUGUGUGCCUCAGACAGUUGUCAUGUUACGCACUAUUGCGGCGACGCCAACUGUGUCAAACCGUCGGGAUCACAACGUGUGGCGUGUGCUAACGCCCAGAUCAGCAUCCUAA